GUUUUAGUCUAUCCACUUGGAUUCCAAUUCUCAAAGUAUUAUGUAUAUCCACUUGUUAGUUAGUAUUCGGUUAUUGGUUUUGAUCUUGUUGCUUUUGUACCAAAUUGAACUCUAUCCAACAAUUUUUUUAAUAUAGAAAACAGACAUCGUCAUCAACAAGUGGUCUUGCAUCUUGCCUCAGCUAACUCUGUCACCUGUCAAAAAACCAUGCCAACCUUUCUUUUUCCUCAAAUGUUCAUCUUCAUCUUUCAAAAGUACAAAAUAACAGGCAAAGUCAUCCUAGAAGGUUCAACAAGAAUUCAUCAGUGAGCAUCACUACCUUGUCCUCCAAAAACACUACUCUAAUAACCAUAGAAGCAUGUAUAGGACAGAUGCUUAUUCCAGCCAGAGUUACAAGAAGUACUUCCAUGACUUACAAACAGAAGAACUGAUAGAACCAUCUAGUUCUGAGAUCUCUACAACUUCAAUUGACCAAGAUGGUGCCUCUUCUUCUUACCAGCUUAUAGCUAGUUCAGGAGCUUCACUGCUUACUAAUAAACCAUUUGAUACUUUUUUGAUGUCAACGAGGAAUCACAGUGCUGAUAAGUCCAAUUUCGGAUCAGAUUCGAUGGAAAAUCGAAGCGUGGAUUCAAUUGAAAUUGAUAGUGAAAUGAGAUCAAAACUACAAGCAUUGGAAAAGGCAUUACUUGAUGAUAGUGAGGCUGAUGAAGAAGAGGAAUAUGUGACUUCUCAAAGCAUGGAAAUUGAUUCAAUUCAGAAUAUGCUAAUCAAUGACCAUGAUUCACCGAAGGAGUAUUCAUCUUCAGAUUCCAAUAUUAGCACAAUCAGCAUCACCAAUACCAAAGAAAUAACGCGAAUUUCUCGAACCCCGAAGCAACUUCUUUAUGAAUGUGCUAAUGCAAUUUCAGAAGGAAAUAAAGAGGAAGCAACGUCGAUGAUAAACAGUCUCCGAAAAAUGGUAUCAAUCCAAGGAGAGCCUUCCCAAAGAAUUGCAGCCUAUAUGGUUGAAGGACUCGCUGCUCGCCUCGCUGAAUCCGGAAAAAGUAUUUAUAGAGCUUUAAGAUGCAAAGAACCACCUUCUUCCGACCGUUUAGCAGCAAUGCAGAUACUUUUUGAGGUUUGUCCAUGCUUUAAAUUCGGGUUUAUCGCCGCUAACAACGCAAUUACAGAAGCAGUUAAAGAUGACAGAAAGGUUCAUAUAAUAGAUUUUGACAUCAAUCAAGGAAGUCAAUACAUAAACCUUAUUCAAACACUUGCAUCAAGGCCUUGUAAGCCAUCUCAUGUUAGAUUGACAGGAAUUGAUGAUCCUGAAUCCGUGCAGCGAUCUAUUGGAGGACUAAACAUCAUAGGACAAAGACUAGAAAAACUAGCAGAAUCACUCGGUUUGUCAUUUGAAUUUCGAGCGGUGGCAUCGAGGACAUCGAUUGUCACUCCAUCCAUGCUCAAGCUCAACUGUUGUCCUGAUGAAGCUCUUGUUGUAAACUUUGCAUUCCAGCUUCAUCACAUGCCUGAUGAGAGUGUUUCCACGAUUAACGAAAGAGACCAGCUUCUUCGAUUGGUAAAGAGCAUGAAUCCGAAGAUUGUAACCGUCAUCGAACAAGAUGUAAACACUAAUACCACUCCUUUCUUGCAGAGGUUUGUUGAAGCUUACAAUUACUACUCAGCUGUGUUUGAGUCACUUGAUGUUACACUUCCUAGAGAGAGUCAGGAUAGGAUGAAUGUUGAAAGGCAAUGCUUAGCAAGAGACAUUGUUAAUACUGUUGCUUGUGAAGGUGAGGAUAGGAUAGAAAGGUAUGAAGUUGCUGGAAAAUGGAGAGCAAGGAUUACAAUGGCUGGGUUCAAUUCAUCUCCAAUGAGUAGUAAUGUGAGUGAUGAAAUUAGAAAACUUAUUAAGAUGUACUGUGAUAGGUACAACAUAAAGGAGGAAAAGGGUGCACUUCAUUUUGGUUGGGAAGAUAAAAACUUGAUUGUUGCUUCAGCUUGGAGGUGAACAAGAUAGUCUUCUUCUGUUGUUUGGUCAUGUAGUGUUUGCUUGCUUGUUCAUUACUCUAUAGAGUAUGGACUCAUUCUCAUCUUUGUAUUGGAGUGUUUAGCUAAUAAUGAAGUUUCAUUUCAUCUAAACAAGGGAGCAUAAAACAGCUAUGCUUGCUUUCUAGGUUGAAUUUUUCAUGCCAUGAUUUCUUGUUAGCAACCAAGAUUUCUUUUCAUAAAGCAACUAGGAUUUUAAGCGGAUGUUUGGUUUCGCGGUGAGAUCGGCAAAAUCAUAAUCACCCACCACAAUAUUAUAAAUUUUACAUAGUAUAACUUUUGCAAAAUUAUAGGUUGGAAGUGAUUUUACAAAUCUCACUGCGACCGCAAUUAGAGAGUGACAUCAAAGUUUUUAACGUCUCUAUAACCUCAAUGUAUAUGCCUCUGCAAUUCAAACUGCAUUUGGUUGUA